GCACGGAUUCUCCUGCCCCCGCCAUAUUUAUCCACCAGCCGUCAACUUUAAAUAACAGUUUAUCAUUGCGAAUUUAUUUAUUAAUCGACAAUACGAAAAUUAAUCGUAUUAAGGCAUGCUAAGAUGUGAGAAAUGCUAGAUCCGAUAAGACAGCGCCGAAGUAUGUAAACUUUCUUCUAACGACGUAAACAUGUCGGAACCGCGAGUAAAGAGGAUUAAAAGCAAUCUUCCACACUGUAACAGUCAUAGAUGUGUUGUCGGGAGUCAGUCGAGGCAAAACUUCCCGUCUGUGGUGGAGGAGAGCUUGUGUGGGGUUUCUAACUUGCUUCUGGAGGUUUCUUACAAACUGCAGGCGCUGGCCAAUAUCUUCGAGCAAAGUGAUCGAGCUUUACCCAGAUUAGCAGCGUUUUUUCAUCAUGAAUCUGUGAAAGAACAAGAUCGGGCUGAGGUGAUGCUGCAGUACCUGUCCCAACGUGGAGGAACCUUCUGCAGUAAGAACAUACAGAGGCCAGGCAUUGAACAUGGGUGUACUGUCCUUUCUGCUCUGGAGAUCAUUCUGAACCAGUGGAAGGACGAGAUGGCCUUUAUGGUGGAGCUUAGCCAACUGGCACUCAAUUAUGGAGAUCCACACACUGCCAGCAUAAUCAAAAGUCGGUUUCUUCAGCCUCUUAUCUCAAAGGUCAAGCUCGUAGGUGACCUCUUGACCGAAGCUCGCAGAGUGGGAUGCACCAAUGACAGUAUGGGUGGCUUUGGCGAGUUCCUUUUCGACCAGCUUCAAGGCAGUCUGCAGUGCUGUAACUAGUGUAGGGAGCAGUUGAUGAAAAUUCUAGGGGUCCACAGCUCCAGCCAUUUUUAAUUUGAUUAAAAACAGAACUAAUGGGCACAAAGCCGUAUGCAGUCAGAGAACCCACAUUUCUAUGCAUCCUGCAGCAAAUUGUGCCUCCAUUCUUGAAUAUUGUUAAUAGAUGGGUAGACAGACGGAUAGAUGGAUGAAUGGAUCAACUAUAUUAGUGCAGUAGGGAUUAAGGUAAAGUGAGGCAUUCAAGGAGAUGUGAUUUUAUAUGAACAAGAUUCACUCCAUUUUUAGAUAAUAUUUUAUUAGAAUGUGAAUAUAAAUUUAAAUAAUACCUUUUUGCUAGAAUUCGGAAUAACAGGACAUUGAGUGUAUCAGCAAAGUUUAAUUUUGUAUUAUUUGUUCUUUUUAAGUGCUGUUAACCAUAAAUAUAUACGCAUUCUAAUUGAAAAUUGCAGUUGACUUUGUCUUCAUGUGUGUGCAGUCCAUUUAAUAUUACUUCUGUCUGCGUUUUUUUUAAAGCGAAUGUGCCUACAUUUUUUAAGUAAAGGAAAAUGUUCUACAUAUAUAUUUGAAAAUAUGUAUUCCACUUUUGUUUUGCAGAUAAAAUCGAAACUUUACAUGUCAUUUGUGAGUAUUAUUUCGAAUAAAAAAGAUUAUAAUGAUAAUAUUGCAUAUUACCAUGAAUUGGUUUUAAUUAAUUACCUCUAUGUAAACCAAUGGUUGCAAAAUCUGUGUUUUUUCUUCAAUGUUUAAAAGAACCUGAACUUUCCAAUAAAAUUCUAUUCUGUCUAACAAUCA